AUGGAUGCUGGAAAAUUGUCAAUUUGUGGUGAAGAAAGUUUCGGAACUGGUUCUGAUCACAUUCGCGAGAAGGAUGGCAUAUGGGCUGUUUUAGCCUGGCUUUCAAUUAUUGCAUACAGAAACAAAGACAAGAAACCAGGGGAGAAGUUAUUAUCUGUCGCUGAUGUUGUGAAAGAGCAUUGGGCAACCUAUGGAAGAAAUUUCUUUUCUAGAUACGAUUAUGAAGUAAGCAUUAGCCAUUUUUUUGUAGAUGAAUAUAUAGUUGAUGCUUUAGAUUCAGCUAUGGACUAA